CUUGGCUGUUGUAUCCUCCAGUAAUACUCCUUGAAGAUCUUAAUCAACAGAGGAAAUCAAGCCAUCAAAGCGCUGUAAUCAAGGCUUAAGUGACAUUAAUUAUGGCAUCAUCAUCAUCGAGUAGAUCAGGAACUGCUGAACAACUGGCUAGGCCAGAUUACAGAAACUGGCUUGCUCUUGGUCAUGCGUUAACCACCGUCUUUUGUCGCGGUAUUCGACCUUUUGUUGGAAGGGAGAUGGAAUCCUUCUAUAGGAAUUUAAAAUUGACAGUUAAAGGACCCUGCAUGUGUGUUUAUUCCCCGAGGAGGAGACCAAACGAGUAUCACGAUAUGAGUACAUGUCCAUGGGCAAACAUAAUCGAGGCUUGUCACCAUAGAAAGAGACCAAACUGGAAACAAAGUGAUUCAAAAAACUGGAUGGACCCAGUUCUUGGUCCAUGGGAGAUAGCUAAACUCUUCCUUCCCGAUCUGGGUGGACGUGCUGAUAUCAAGAGUGCAGACGAUAUGGACAUCACUGGUAUCUUGAACCUAAUGUACUGGUGCAAUCACUUCACUGUUCCUCAUUCCUUGAUCAACGAUGUCCGUGAGACACGAAAUGACAAAUGGGUACAUGUACCGAAGCUUGAGUUAAGUGACGCAGACAAGAAAACUGCUUUCGACACGAUUGAAAACUUGCUCAAAGACCCUCAAUUAGCCGCAGAUACAGACGUACAGAAAUGCCUGAAGGAAAUUACCGAUCUAAAACAUGUUUUUGACUUGCACAGUUUCGAAGCUCAAGUCUUGGCCGACUUCAAAGAAGUCUUGACUCGACAGUCCAAAAAGAGACAGAGGGAGGUGAAUCAACUAAAACAGCAAGUGUCGGUUCUGGAAAAGAGACUGAAGGUCAUCGAAAAGAGCAAAGGAUUUCUGUCGCCCCUCCGUGUAAUCCUUAAAGGCAUAGAGAACAUCCACGACAGGCUUGUUGGAAGCGUCAAAGCUAUUAGGAAAGGUUUAAUUGUAUGGUUGCUGAUCGCUAUUCUUUGCAGCUUGUGUCACGUACUGGAUGACGACACCUUUGUAAGAGAAGGAUGCCCCACGGAAGAUCUCCGUGUCCCAUUUGACACAAAAGAGUUCGACUGGUUGGAUUACUUAAGCGCUGCAAAAGAAACAUUUACAGGUCGAAGUUGGCUUUACAGCGAGCUGGAAGAUGUCUUCUCCUACUCGAAUGAUUCAACUGGAGUCCUUAUUAUUGGAGAUCCAGGAACAGGAAAGUCUGCCCUAUUUGCCCAGUUGGUAUGUUCCCAAACGUCUAGUCGCACUAUCAAUAGCCUUGUACUAGGAUACCAUCUGUGUAAACAUUCUGAUAAAAACACACAAAUUGCGGGGAAGUUUGUUCGAAAUUUGGCAGAAAUGAUAGCGAGGAGACUGCCAGAAUAUGGUUACACAGUCGCCAACAGUACGCAAAUUCAACGCUCUCUAAAUACCGACUGCGUUGACAUUCACGAUCCUGUAGGGUGUUUUGAACAGUCAAUUUUGACGCCCCUGAGAAGGCUUAAGAAUGAACCAAGAGAGAAAUGGUUCCUUGCGGUAGAUGCCCUUGAUGAAUGCUUGUCUCACAGUGAUACCAAUGAUAGCAUCAUUUACCUACUAAAGCAAAAGCUCCCUCGAUUUCCGACGUGGCUCAAACUUAUCAUGACUUCCCGUAAUGAGUCAAGCAUCCUCUUUAAUUUUAGAAGUGUAAAAAGAAUUAUAAUUGAACCCGAAGAUACGCGAAAUCUAGACGACAUUGAACGAUUUUUGGAAGCAAGAUUCUAUCAAGAUGGUCCGAUGAUUCGUAAGCUAAAGAUGUGGUUUGGAGACGACAGCAUAGAAAACACCGAAAGGUUAAUUUCUGCUCUGCUUAGCAAAAGCCAAGGAAAUUUUCUGUUCGUGAAAGAAAUGGUUCGUCACUGGGAAUCCUCAAAGCAAGCUCAAAGUGAUCCUUAUGCCCUGCCCAGAUCGUUGGGUGAGUUAUAUCAGAGCUUCUUCGAAAGAUUGUAUAAUCAAGAGAAGUUUAAGCCUUUUAAACGCAUCUUGGAAAUUCUCGUGUCAACGUUUGAACCAUUAACAGAAAAACAAAUAUUCCACGUUCUCAACAUAACUAUGAAAGAAGCCCAUCUGACAGACUUUGAAAAUAGAUUCACUGAAUUAAGGCACUUUCUCAGAUACGGGAAAAAUGGCACACUUACAUUAUAUCACUUUUCUUUAAUUGAAUGGCUUACGGGUGAAAGUAACAGAAAUGGCCCAUUUUACAUCAGCAAAAAGCGAGGUCACGAAUUGUUCUGUGACUACUACUUUAAUCUGAUAAGGAAAGGCGAUAACUUAACUUUGUCAACCCAUAUUCCCAAUCUGGUCCAACAUAUCGCCAUUGCUGGUUGGAACGAGAGGUAUCUCGGAGAAUUCCUUAGUUUUCCUUCUCAAGUUGUGAAUUCUUCAGACCCUUCCAGCAAGAGGACUUUGUUGCAUCUUGUGGCGACGAUAAACAACUCAGAUGUCCUUAAAUUAGUCCUGCGUCAUUUUCAAUCGAUCGACAGCAUUGAUGACCGUGGAAUAACACCCGCAUUUCUUGCAGCUAAACAUGGGCUUGUAGAGAAUCUAGCAUUGCUUGUAGGAGGGGGAGCCAAUGUUAAUCGCAAGACAAACUCACUCGCAUCUUUUCUCAAAGACAUUCAUAAUUCCAAUAUCGUUGAUUUUAAUCGUUUUCUUAUAUUAAAAUCAAAAUAUGAGUUUUGGGGCUCCACAAUGCUUCACGUUUCAGCCCACAAAGGGCACCUGUGUGUUGUCAAGUUUCUCCUUAACAACUCUGCAGCGAUUUCGGCUGCCAACGAGGUUCACAUGACAGCGUUACAGCUAGCCGCUGAAAAUGGACAUUUGGAAGUUGUCAAGGUCUUGACCGAGGCAGGCGCAGUAGCAGAUCAAACUGCUCUCCAUCACGCGGCGAAAAACAACAGGUUAGAAGUGGUUAAGUAUCUGUUGCAAAUUGGUGUCAAAGAUGAAUGCAUGAGAUGUGAUGGUUCCUUCUACUGGCUAAACUCAAAACACCGUUUCCAUAGGAAGCUCUCACAUUUUAAGGACGAUACAAUCACGAAAAAACGCGGUUGUCCUGAAGACAGAACUUUAGAAGGAACUUACUUUGGGCUUAAAACUGUAUUGCUAUUGCCAUCAAACAGUGAUGAAAUGGGAGAACUGUACGAUGAUAGGCAUUUAAUUUUCUGUGAGACUGCACUUCACGCUGCGGUAUCAUCGGGACAUAACAGCAUCGUUACAGAACUUCUCUCUAGCGACGCCCGAGCAUUAGGCUGUCAUGACUAUUCGGGAAGAACACCUUUACAUGCAGCUGUGCGAGAAAACAACCACGACAUUUUGGAAGUGCUUCUUAAAGCACACGAGACAGUUUUAAAUAUCACCUGCAGUUUUUGGCAGGAUGUUCAGGAAAAACGCGGGCAAAAUGACUCCAGAAUGCUAGAUGAUAUUGAAUUAUUCGAGUACCACAAGGAUGUUUGUCAUUGUGGCUAUACACCUCUACAUCUAGCAGCUCGAUAUGGACACACAAAAAUUGGAAUGCGUCUUAUUGAUAGUGGGGCACAUGUCAACGCUCGAGAUUGCCAAGGUGCGACGCCUCUCCAUGUAGCUGCAUGUCACAACCAUGUCCAAUUUGCUCAUCAUUUGUUAGCCGCUGCAAGGGCUGAUUUAAACAGCAGAACUUUAAAUGGAUCAAAACCUAUUCAUUCAGCGGCAGCAUGUAGUGCUAUCGAUGUUAUUAAUUUACUACGUUAUUUAAGAGCAAACCUUUCCGCAACUGAUGACAAUGGUCUCACAGCACUGCAUCAUACCAUCCUAACCAUCCAUUCCAAGGAUCUUGACAAAUUCGUGUUUUCAAAUAUGACAUCUUCUGAUAAUCCUCGUAUACUUAUUGAAUCUCAUUACCGCUAUGCAGAGAUUUAUCAAGACAGCGGCGGAAACAUAAAUAACAAUAAGGGAUAUGAAUGGUUAAAUUCCUUAUUUUACUUAAUCCUUGUUGGCUCCGACAUCAAUGCAACAGAUACACAAGGCCGUACUGCAUUGCAUAUUGCAGCUGAAAAUGGUUUGUUUGAUGCUGUGUCAGUUCUUUUGCAAAAAAAGGCAAACCCUAACAUACGUGACAAGUUUGGAAAAACUCCGCUGGAAGCUGCCCUUGAUAAUGCAACUUCUGGAUUGCCGUCAAUUUUGCUCGAAAGCAGUUUUGAUAACUUAGUGACAGUAAGUCGUCCCUUCACAGCUCAUGACUAUGUCGUAUACCUUCUUCUUGCAUCUGGUUCAACAUUUAAUAGUUGUCAGCCCUCGGGAAACUUGUUGCACCGUGCCAUAAUGAAAGGUCAGGGAAACAUCGCCAGGCUUCUUUUGUUGAAGGGGGCAAGUCCAACUUGUCAGGACAGUCUAGGAAGGACACCGACGGUUGCUUACCUGAAUAAUGGCAGAAAUUGGAUGGAUGUUAUCUUUCGAGAUGUCCUUAAAAAUGCUGUUAGUAUCAAGUGUGGAGAGCCGUUCAACUUCUCCGUUUUUCAUCUUUUGUGCUAUAGAUCUCUUAGUAAGAGCUACUCAGACUUUUUGCAAAGACUAUGCAGUGAUCAUAAUCGCUCGUCAUUUAAAAGUCCCAUCACUCUAGCUAUAGAGGGAUACUUUUCAAAAUACAAGCAGAGCAUCGAUUCUUGCCUUGACGCAGAAGGAUUUACACCCCUCCACAGAGCUGCACAGGGUGCAAACAUAGUUGCUGUCCGUAACCUUAUAAAACAGGGUGCAAAUGUGUCGUUACUUAGUCCCCACGGGCAUGACGCCCUCACACUCGCCGUGCUUCAUGUUGGAAGUAACUUAUGGAGAUUUUUUAAUGACAACGAAAGUUUAGAAACAAUUGGAGAAGUUUCUGAUGUGGCUUUAGAACUCCUUCACCAUAAAAUGAAUACAAGUGACUUCAAAAUAGUUUGUGAUCGAAACAAAGCCGAACUGACUCUGUACCAUUUAGCAGCCUCCAGGGGACUGGUGCACUUGAUAAAAGAAGUCUUCAGAAAUAAGAAUCUUCAUCAGUUAGACGUCGAUUGUCCUAACAGAGAUGGAAUAACUCCUAUGUACUUAGCGAAGAUAUUAAGUAACAAGGUUAGCGAUGAUGUUUACAAUCCCUGGGAAGAGGUUGUUCAGUUUAUCAAGAGUCAAGGAGGGCGAAUGCAAUAUCCCAAAAGAAGCGCAGAAUACAUGGUGAUUUAUAAUAGGAUGUAUGGUUGGAUUCCUAAAGAAAUAGAUAUGAGUAUAAGGCCUGACAUACGUGGCUUUGUUGUGGGCCUCUUAUCGACUUAUAGGUAUUGGCAGAAUAAGUCAGUACGUUGUGAUUUACCCGAAAUAAACGAAAAGAACAUGGCAAUUGGGAGCCCCAUUUCAACAUUAAGAAUUGCCAGUGAACUUUUAAGACAACUAAAACUUCUAAGUUACGAAGGAUUUUAUUCAAGAUUGGUAUCUUUUGCCUUAGAGGACUUGAAGGUCUGUAGGAAGAAAUACAAGGGUCCCAGUUUAUGGUCAACAUUCAACAGGCACAAAAAGAGCUUACGUCUUUUUAAUCAAUGGAAUCUAGACAUACGUUUAGAAAGAGGGCUAUUUUUCUUAAUGAGAAUGUGGCACGAAGAAGUAUUCAGACACUACUCCUGUAUUAAAAUAGUGUUUGAUAGGUAUCAGCCAUAUUUCAUCAACGAAAGAAUAUCCAAGCUACUAAUUAAACGAUACGAGGAAAGUACUCCGCUGAAGUUUUUUAAUAUUGCUUGUUUUCUAUUUGAAAUUACUUUCAAGGCGCAUAUACUACACUAUACCCUAGAUAUUGAAUACGUUCCAUUUAGAGGUCUUCAUCAUAAGUACCCAAACUUUGUAAGGCAGCGAAUGGGAUGGACUGAGGAUGUUAUUACGUAUAAUUCUUGGCCUUUAGAGUUCCUUUUCAAGUUUCCUCUGGGGAUGUAUAGAGAGUAUUAUUACGUAAAGGUUCUUAACGUCGGAUUAGAACCAAAAACAUAUAUUUCGCUUCACUCGGAGAAACAUGAGCAGCUUUUAUCGCAAGUAAAACAAGCUUUACGUAAACAAGCUUUACGUAAAUAAGCUUUACGUAAACAAGCUUUACGUAUUGGAAUGCCUAAUAUUCCUGAAGAGCAUUAGACGUAGAUUUAGAGGUAAACUAGAAUUAGUUUCAUGUUCGUAAAACUUUCAUGUCACUUCAUCUAACUCCAAAAUUGAUGUGCAGUAUGUCAGUCUAAGGUGGCAAACUUGGUCAUUGAUCAAGUUUUAAGAUUUCAAUAAAAUGUAAAGACGUAAGCACCGCCUUUCAAAUACUGGCGUCGUAUUCGAUCUCCUCCGAACAGAUGGGACCGCAAAUAAUUCUUAUACAAUCCUAUUGUAUGUAUAUGACGCAACAUUUCUGCAAAAUACUUUUUCUUC